CUUGGCUCGAGGGCUUGGGUAAAGUUUCGCGCACACUUUGGUUCUCGGACGGACCUGUGGGCGUGCCAAAGCGCGUGUCAGCGCAAAAGUGGGGAUAUUUGUGACUUCUCUCGGCAGUACGGGGGUCCACGCAGAGGGGGGCUGGUUAUGCUUUGCGUUGCUUUUGCUGUUUUAUUUUAAACAUUAGUCAUGUCUCGGUUACUAAACCUCGUCAGCGGCCAGUUGCGGAGAGAUUUAUCCGCGCGUCGUGGAGUUGCUCGGCUUCCUCUGAGGACCAUCUGCAGCACUUCAUGGAAACAAGCAGAACAGAGCGAUGCAAACACUGUUUUGGGAAAGCGGUGGAAGGACACUGCAGACACCGUCAUCAUCGGUGGCGGCUGUGUGGGCGUCAGCUUGGCCUAUCACCUGGCCAAAGGGGGCAUGAAGGAUGUGGUGCUGCUGGAGAAGUCUGAGCUGACGGCUGGGUCCACCUGGCACGCUGCUGGUUUGACGACAUAUUACCAUCCAGGCAUCAACCUCAAGAAAGUCCACUACGACAGCAUCAAAUUAUACGAGAGCCUGGAGGCCGAGACUGGACAGGCGGUGGGCUUUCACCAGCCCGGCAGCGUCCGCAUCGCUUCAACGGCAGCUCGAGUGGACGAGAUGAGGUACCAGAUGACCCGCACGCACUGGCACGUGACGGAACAGUACUUCAUCGGACCGGAAAAGGUCCACGAGCUCUUCCCUCUGCUUAAUAUUGACAAGGUGUUGGCUGGUCUUUACACCCCAGGAGACGGUCACAUUGACCCUUACUCCCUGACGAUGGCUCUGGCUGCUGGAGCUCGCAUGUACGGGGCCCAGAUCUACAACCCAGCUCCAGUCACCGCCCUCAACCCGACAUCCGAUGGCAAGUGGGACGUCCAGACUCCUCACGGCACGAUUCGGGCGAAUCGCAUCGUCAACACGGCAGGUUUCUGGGCCAGAGAGUUGGGCCAGAUGAUUGGUUUCGACCACCCCACCAUCCCAGUGCAUCACCAGUACGUCGUCACGGCAACCGUCCCAGAGGUGAAGGCUCUGAAGAAGGAGCUGGCCGUCAUCAGGGACCUGGAGGGCUCUUACUACCUACGCCAGGAAAGAGACGGCCUGCUGUUUGGCCCGUACGAGAAGAUGGAGAAGAUGGUGCUACAGGACUCCUGGGUCAGAGAUGGAGUCCCUCCAGGUUUCGGUAAGGAGCUGUUUGAGUCGGAUCUCGACAGGAUCAUGGAGCACGUUGAGAUGGCCAUGGAGAUGGUCCCGGUGCUGAAGAAAGCCGACAUCAUCAAUAUUGUGUCUGGACCGAUCACGUACACCCCCGACCUGCUGCCCAUGGUCGGACCUUUUCAGGGAGUUCGCAACUACUGGACUGCCAUCGGCUUUGGGUAUGGCGUUAUCCAUGCCGGCGGUAUCGGUAAGUUCCUGAGCGACUGGAUUAGGAACGGAGAGCCUCCCUACGACCUGAUCGAAUGCGACCCCAAUCGCUACGGGAAGUGGACGGACGUUCCCUUCAUGUGCGCUAAAGCUCGCGAAUCCUAUGGCUUCAACAAUGUGGUCGGUUACCCCAAGGAGGAGCGUUUUGCUGGUCGGCCAACCAGCCGGACAAGCGGUGUUUAUGAGCUGCUGAAGGACAAAGCGUCCAUGGGUUUCCAUGCAGGCUGGGAACAACCUCAUUGGUUCUACAAGCCUGGAGAUGAAACUGGAUAUAAUCCCAGUUUCCGACGCACCAACUGGUUCGGACCAGUCGGCCGAGAGUGCAGGCUGGUGAUGGAGAAGGUGGGCGUGAUCGACCUGACGCCUUUUGGCAAGUUCAUGGUGAAAGGGAAGGACUCGCAUAAGCUGCUGGAUCGACUGUUUGCUAACACCAUGCCGAAGGUUGGCCUCACCAAUAUCAGCCACAUGUUGACCCCCGAGGGGAGAGUCUACGCCGAGGUCACCAUCACACAGGUGGCACCAGGAGAGUUCCUGCUCAUCACAGGGUCGGGCUCAGAGCUGCACGACCUCAGGUGGAUAGAAAAAGAAGUUGCUGAGGGAGGAUACGACGUCAACAUCAGCAACGUAACGGACGACAUCGGCGUGCUGGGCAUCGCGGGACCGAACGCCCGCAAAGUUCUGCAGAAACUGACGGACGAGGAUUUGAGUGACGCCGGAUUCAAAUUUCUCCACUGCAAGCCUAUCCAGCUGGCCGGCAUUCCUGUCCGGGCCAUCAGGAUCUCCUACACGGGUGAGCUCGGCUGGGAGCUGUACCUUGACCAGAAGAACAUGGCCGCCGUGUACCAGGCCAUGAUGGAGGCGGGAAAAGACGAGGGCAUCGACAAUUUCGGCACCUACGCCAUGUCCUCGCUCAGGCUGGAGAAGGGCUUCAGAGGCUGGGGCGCUGAGAUGAACUGCGAUACCAAUCCUCUGGAAGCUGGGCUGGAUUAUUUCAUUAAACUGAACAAGCCUGCAGACUUUAUUGGCAAAGCAGCCCUCCAGGAGAUCAAGGCCAAGGGCCUGAAGAGGAAGCUGUCCUACCUCAGCUUAGACACGGAUGACAUCGACCCUGAAGGCAACGAGACGGUCUGGCACAAUGGAAAGGUGGUCGGCAACACGACAUCCGGAGCCUAUAGCUACAGCUCCCAGCAGAGCCUGGCCUUCGCCUACCUGCCCCUGGACCUCUGCUCUGUGGGCCAGAAGGUGGAGGUGGAGCUGCUGGGGAGGAAAUACGCCGCCAUGGUCAUCCAGGAGCCCUUAGUCCUCACCGAGCCCACGCGGACCCGGCUGCAGAAGAAGGCGAAGGGCAAAGCAUAAACGCAGCUAAACCGCUAACUCAGCAGCUAAUGAAGAACGACCCUACUGUGAAUUAAAAAUGAAAAGGUCCACGUGCUGGACUGUUUGUGUCUGCAGAUCAGCUGAAGGAAAAGAAACGUGAAGGUGAAGUCAUGUAAUAUUCAGAAACAGAAACUUGUUGUGUGAAUUUACAUCUUCUGAAUGUGUUUCUGAGCCGCAACAACGGUUAAUGCGUCGCCCUCGCACCACAGUGUCUUAAAGUGUUUGAAGAGUGAUUGAUUUUUUUUUUUUUUUUUAAUUCCACAAAUGGAUGGUAAAAGUUUACGGGUCUAGUGAAGAAUAAUUGAUUUUCAGUUAGAAAGGCGGCAAAUUAAACCUUAAGUAGGAUCUCAUGAACGAUGCUGUAAAAGGACAUUGAGACUGUGCCAAACAAACUAUAUGAACAUUAUAACCAAAAAGAAUCCUGUACAAAGACUUUUGUAAAUGUCUUUUUUUUUUUUUUUACUAAUGUGUACAUUAAUACAUUGAUAAUUAAAGCAUUGCACUCUUUGUUGUUCAUUCUUGCUGCAUUGUUGUAGUAUAUACAGCAAACUGUGUUAAAUGUAUACAAGAAAAUAUCAUGACAACGAUAUUAGAAGGCAAUAAAUAAAGACAGAAAUAGGAACAUGUUAUGCUGUUGAUGUCACUAUUUCACCAUUACAACCAAAUUAGCAAUUAACUGACUGUGACUAUAAUUUAAAGUUUUCUGUGCUCUCGUUUUGGCAUCUUUUAUCUUUUAUAUAUUGUUUUCUACAUUUAUCAGUCAUGUGGUUAUUGGGAUUAUCAUUACUGGAAAACAAAACCAUCCUGGCAAUGUAUCUAACCAAUUAAACCAAUUAACAAUUUAUAAAAGCAGGUGUCAUGGAGAUACUGAUAAUAUUAAAGUUUUGAAUUAUUUAAUAUGAA